AGCGGCGACGCGCUCACCCGGCGCAGUGCGCGCGCGACGGUGAAAGGCGCCAUGUCGAUACUACACGCAGUGACCAGUGCGCGGACCGCGAACACCAUGGCCGGGUUACCAUAUAUGCGAAUAUUACUCAUUUGUGCUAUUUUAAUCAAUGGAACCUAUCAGCAAAAGGACAAGCCCGAGGACUUUGUGUGUCCAGAGGGCACACAGGGUAAUGGAAACUUUGCUGAUCCAGCCACAUGCAGACGUUUCUAUCAGUGCGUCGAUGGAUAUCCUUACCUGAACAGAUGUCCCUCAGGAUUAUACUUUGACGAUAUUAGCAAGUACUGUACCUUCAAAGCUGAAGCCAGAUGCGGUCCCAUCGCCACAACUCCGGCGCCAAUCACAGAAGCACCGCUAGACUUGGCAGAGAAGUGUGACCCAGCUGAAUGCCAGCUGCCUUACUGCUUCUGCUCCAAAGAUGGCACCCUCAUCCCUGGUGGCCUCGACCCUGAAGACACGCCCCAAAUGAUAAUGCUGACAUUCGACGGUGCUGUUAACUUGAACAACUUCGAACUGUACAAGAAAGUCUUCAAUGGGAAAAUCAAGAACCCUAAUGGUUGCGCCAUUAGAGGCACUUUCUUCCUGUCACACGAGUACAGUAAUUACGCACAAGUGCAAGCGUUAGCGCACGAUGGACAUGAGAUAGCGACAGGCACGGUAUCACAACAGCAAGGCCUACAAGACAAGGGUUACGAAGAAUGGGCGGGCGAGAUGAUCGGUAUGCGCGAGAUUCUAGGCAAAUUCGCCAACGUGUCGCGUUCAGAAAUCGUCGGCGCGAGAGCACCUUUCUUGAAGCCUGGGAGAAAUACACAGUUUAAGGUGUUAGAAGACUUCGGGUACAUCUACGACAGUUCGGUGGGCGUGCCGCCUCUGCCGAUCCCCGUGUGGCCCUACACGCUCGACUAUAAGAUCGCGCACGAGUGCAAGUCGGGCACUUGUCCCACCAAGUCGUUCCCAGGUUUGUGGGAGGUGCCGUUCAAUGCCCACUACGUUGAAACCUACGAGGGCGGACACUGCCCCUAUCUUGAUCAGUGUGUGCUACAUAAUCACGACUCCGAUGAGGUCCUUGAAUGGCUGCAAGAAGACUUCAGCAGAUACUACGAGCAGAACCGAGCGCCAUACAUGAUGCCCUUCCACACCAACUGGUUCCAGAUCAAGGAGUUGGAGAGAGGUCUCCACAAAUUCUUGCAAUGGGCCUCCAAACUGAAGGACGUAUGGUUCGUCACAGUGACCCAGGGUCUGACCUGGAUAACGGACCCCAAGUCAGUAAAGGCCCUGAACAACUACGAUGCAUGGCGAUGCGACCGCAAAGACUUCCCGGCGGCGCCUUGCAACCUGCCCAACAAAUGCGCCCUGUCCUUCAAACCUGCUGAUACCAACUUCACUGAUACUCGGUAUAUGGAGACCUGCAGUGAUUGCCCUAACCAGUACCCAUGGCUCGGCGACUCAGGCGGGACGGGCAUCCCCGGCAAAGACAACUACAUACCUGACAAUCUCAAGAGGAAGUAGUUAUAUACGAAGUAGUCCUAUAUGUAGUCCUCUAUUCUGUAUGUGAUCUAUUCGGAACUGUCGACGCUUGUCAUUGUAGUUAACAUGUUGUAUAGCCCGCAGCCACUCUUCAGACGGACGGGUUAAUAACAUGUCUGACAGAUCUAGGAUACAAGAGAUUUCAUUCUCAUUAUACUGAUGAACGCAAGUUAAUUUGCCAUAUUAUAGCUGUUUGAACAUAAAGCCCCCUUGUGUAAAAUGCAUGUCACGUUAUCUGAUUGAAUGCUGCAAUUAAAGACGUAAUAAAAUUUCGAUUGCGUUUCGGCACUUUUGGUACAGUUCCGAAUUAUUCCUGCAAAUGAAGUAGAGUAAGAAUGCUUUAUUUAUAGUUUUUAUUUCAAAAAUAUCUUCCAGUAUAAUAGCUUGUUCUAGAAUGAUUGUGAAAUACGUAAAUGUGGUUGGAAGUAGUUCGCGAAAUCUGGGAUAUUACCCAGUAACAAGAAGUAAACUCAAUGUCGCUUUAGAAUUCCAGCAACAGUUCAGCAUCCUGUUCUGAAUAGAUUAUAUACCAACAUUUUGUAUAUAUCUCGUUUUGUAAGUAAUUAAGGCAUAGUGACUAGUCGUCGCAAUUUAUUAUUUUUAAUAAUUAUGAUUUGAGACGUUUUUCUAGUUCUUUGUGACGAGACAACGCGAACGAAUUAUUUAAUGACUAUAUGAUAUGAAAAAUUGUGUAAUUAAUAUUAAACAGUUGCCAUGUUUUAACCAAAAUACUCCUUUUAUGACGACAAUAUCGAGGGCUUUAAACUGAGUAAUAAAUUCCUAAGAAAAUAUAACAAAAUCCACUGGAUUUUAAUCAAAUUGGAUGUUUAGGAAAGUUCUUAAGACCUGUUUCUGAACUUAGUUCUCGAUGUUGUUAAACAAAUACCUCGACAUACUCCUAGCUCGGUAAUACAUAUGAAAUAUAUAUUUUUAUAUCUGUCAACAAUUUUGGUGCUUUGUAUUAAAUGAUAAGUGGAAUAACUGUUUUCAUUGUUAACGAAUAAAUAUAUUUUUACAAA